UUACUUGAAUUGGUAAACGCGAUCGACGUAAUCACAAUAUUUAUCUGCAUGUGCUCUCAACUACUUGAGUAGCCUAGCCUAGUAAUAUUCUUAUUCCGUCUCCAGGGCUUCGAGAGCAAUUGUGCUAUAUUCAAGAGAUAAUUAAAGGUGUUUAAUAUAAAAAUGGCGAACAUUGCAAAACUUCUGGCUGGACGUGCGCAACAUGUACUCCAAGUGGCAGCGAAGCAAACACAGUUGACACCGCGUUUCUUUGCAUCAGCCGCCAACUUGGAAUUCCUCAAGCACGAGGUGACUGGCGAAAAGAAGAAUGUCGCUGUAAUUACAUUGAAUCGCCCUAAAGCGCUCAAUGCCCUGUGCAAUGGGCUCAUGAAGGAAUUGAGUCAAACUCUCGAUGCCUAUGAAAAGGAUAAAAGCAUUGCUGCCAUCGUCAUUACAGGCAGUGAAAAGGCCUUCGCCGCUGGUGCUGAUAUCAAGGAAAUGCAACCCAAUACUUAUUCACAAUGUAUUAUGGGAAAUUUACUGAGUGAGUGGACGCGUGUUGCACGCUGCCAAAAGCCAAUUAUUGCCGCUGUAAAUGGUUAUGCAUUGGGUGGUGGCUGUGAAUUGGCCAUGAUGUGUGAUAUCAUUUACGCCGGUGAGAAGGCGAAAUUUGGUCAGCCAGAAAUUGCUUUGGGUACCAUACCCGGUGCUGGUGGUACUCAACGUUUAACACGUGUUGUUGGCAAAUCCAAGGCCAUGGAAAUUUGCUUGACCGGCAAUAUGAUUUCGGCUACAGAGGCAGAGAAAAUGGGUUUGGUCAGUAAGGUAUUGCCCGCUGAUCAAUUGGUGAACGAAGCUGUUAAAUUGGGCGAGAAGAUUGGUACACACUCUGGUUUGAUCGUACAACUUUGUAAAGAGGCUGUGAAUACAGCAUACGAAACCACACUGCAAGAAGGUCUGAAGUUCGAACGUAGAACCUUCCAUGCCACAUUCUCAACGGAGGAUCGCAAGGAGGGUAUGACUGCUUUCGUUGAGAAGCGCCCAGCCAACUUCAAGAAUAACUAAAAUUUUAAGCCCAUAACGGAGCAUUUGGAUUUAAGAAAAUGUCCACAUGUCUGGAACUGCAUACCAGAUUUUGCAUUUAUAUCUACAAACUACUUUUAUAUUUUACACCAAUUAUGUUUAAAAAUAAUGUUGAUCCUUGUAGUUAUUAAAGUAAAGAAGCAAUAUUUUGUUAGAAACGCAUUAUAUAUGUAAAUAAAUACGAAUAUACUAAAUUUUGUUAUAAAAUGUA